AUGAGCUCGACAGACUUAUACGACGGGGACUUGGGCAGUCUGCGGCUGUCCCCGCCGCUCGCUCGCUCGACUCCCUCCUCCUCCCCACACCCCGACGAACCAUCGAAACGUCGCUCGUCACAGUACGGGACGACAAGCGGCAUCGACGGCAGCGGCCUUGCGGAUUCAGAAGAUCGACCGAUGCGACCAGGACACUCGAAGCAGCCGACGUUGACGCGCAAGAUCUCGUUCCCCUCUGAUCAACUCGACCCCGUCCAGUGGGAACGCCUGCGCCGCUGGAUCGUUUGCUUCGCCGUCGUCGAGUUCGACAUAGACUCGGGUCCGAACCUCGAUAACGUCUUUCCUGCGACUCGCUUUCCGCCGGCUAUCAAGCAGAACAUCGCCUUCUCCUCCCUACCAGAGGGCGCCGACAUCCCUCCUCCCUCAGCAUUGCCCGAUGGCGGCUAUUCUUACCAUUGGCGGAUACCCUAUCCUCCGGAAAGCCAGCUCUGGAGGAUUGACGACAAGCUCGGAAAGGGCAAGGAGGUUGAGCGGCUACCGAAAGUCGACGAGGAUGCAGAAGGACCGGGUGCCCUGCAUGGGUUUGUCUGGUUCGUGCGGGAGAAGGACGCUCAACUACGCCGCGGUUUCGCGCAACGGUCCCUUGUACUUAUCUCGCACAUCCCGCACCUCGUCGGCCUCUUCUCCUCCCUCGUCUCCAUCCUCGGUCCGCUUCACUUCAAGCAUGCGCAGGCAGGAGGCACACAAGGAGGGAUGGUCGAGACUGCGUGCCACAACAUCGCCAGCUGGCCUGACCCCGUACCCGGCGCAACCCUCGACCUCCCCUUCCUCGGCUCCGUUCUCACCAUCGCCUUGCCCUUACCUUCGCAAGCGCAGUUCCCUCCUCCUGCCACCGGCUCUCCCUUACCAUAUACGCACGCCCCGUCGCCCUUUCUAUCACAACAAGCGUGGCAGUCGUCUCGAUCGUCGCCCUCGUCCGCCGCAAUGCAGAAAAGGCCGUCCCUCCCACCCGUCACUGGCCCACCUGCCGUCCUUCCCGCCUCGCUCCCUCUCACACCUCUCUGUCUCCUCCUCUUCCCUUCGCCGACUUCCACGGCUCCAUCUUCCGGCUUGCUGUCACCGACGUCCGCCUCACCAAGCCCGGCAAGCGCCAAGAUUGGCGAGGUUGGAUUCAGCAAACUCCUCCUCCUGUGGGAGCUCCUCGUCCUCGGCGAGCCGCUGCUGAUCUGGAGCGGCGACGCAAAGGUGGCGGCAGAAGUGCUGGAGCAUCUGCGCUGUCUUAUCAAGCCGGUCCCGCUGGCGGGAGACUAUCGACCUUAUCUACACGUACACGACCUAGACUUUCCCUCUCUAUGCCGACCAGGCGUCAGGCCUCACCUUGGUCUACUUAUCGCCUCGACCAACCCGCUCCUCCUCACGACCUGCAAACACUGGCCGCACAUCCUUCGCCUCGAACGCCCCGCCGCCCUCACUCCCUCAACACCAACCCGCUCGCCCUCCCUCUCCUACUCUUCCGCCUCCUCACCGAAUCCGACCACUUCGCCUGUCAACCCUCGCCGAGCGGGCUCGCUGGACGUCCCGGCGGGCGACGAGAAAGGCAAGGAAUUUGGGCUGAAGAGCGAGCGGAAGAGGCAUGUCAAGAAGGAUGACAAGGUGUUGAAGGAGAUUGAGGAUGCGUGGGCGCGUGGAGACUACGCUGCUUGCGACGCCGUGAUCUACCGGUACUUCGCCAGCUUGACGGAGCAGUUUCUUGCGCCGCUCAAUCGAUAUUUCGGCACGCUCUGGGUCGGAAACGAGGCUUUCGCACAGAGUGCCCCUCUCCUCUCGCCUGGCCUGGCGCCCUUACCUUCGACGCAGUUCACCCUUCCCGGCUUCCUCUCCUCCCUCCGCACGCACGGCUCGUCCCUCCAGCUACGCUCCUCCGCGCCCUCCUUCUCCCAACCCGGCUCAACACCAGUCGACCGCUUCUACACCCGCUUCAUCUCGUCCUCGCCUCACUUCCGCCGUUGGCUCAACCAGCGAGUGAAGAUGACGGGUGGAGAGGUGAGGAGGCGGUAUGUCCGCGCGCUCGGAGAGGUCGAUGUGGAUGUUUGGGCGAGAGGGCGGCCGGUGAACGAGAUGGAUCAGCUAGUGGACCAAUUUGAGCGAGAAGCCGGGCGCCUCGAAUCGCCAGCCCGCUCAACACGCACGGCCGGCUCCGCUUCUCCCGCCGCCUCGUCCCCCGCCUCCUCAGUCACCGGUCUUGGCCUUUCGGCAGGCUCUAUCGCAGGCGCGGAUCCGCGCCGCCCCUCGCUCGACACGCCGGCUGGGAGAUUGAGAGCGCAGGCUGAGCGGUUGAAGGAACUGCGGGACGAGAGGGUCAAGUCCAGAGGUUUGAGUGAUGCGAGGAAGUAG